UUACACGCAAUUUAUGUAAUACGCUAAACAAUAAAGUCGCAUGAAUUGUAAAACAUGGUUAUUGGGUAUAACUCGAUGGCAUUUCUAGAGCGACUUUGAGUAACGAGUAACACUAAAACGAUAGCCACAAUCGCAGUGCCAAAAGCUCUGUGUUAUCGAAAACCGCAGCAAAGUCAAAAAGGGCAAAAAAGACGAGCGAAAUGGAAAUGAUUGGCAAGAAAACAACAAUGAGCUGUUCUUUGUAGGCCGCUCGUCAAACAGAUAGAAGAAAGAAGUUGGCCCCAACUAAUUGCCCAAAAUGGGAAAAAACAAACCGAGUUCGCUGGCGAGAGCGAGAUAAAAACACCGGGACAAACCGGCCUGAGCGUUCAGUUCGGCGCCGGACAACAGAAGCUGCGGAUCGCUGUUGGAUUUCAUCCGGAGCACUUGUAAAUAGAACGCGAAAGUGGCAAACAAGCGUUAAUUUUUGCAUACAAUGGAGUACCUGAGCUACAUGUACGAGAAAAUCUUUGGAGGCAAUCCUCCCACGGACGACACGCAAGGGGCAUUCCACACGCCCCGCAAGGUCAUCUGCUUCGGCAACGUCCUGCUCGACCGACUGGUUCAGCUCGAGGACCCACAACUCCUGGAGCGGUUCGGCCUGGAACUGGGCUCCAAGGGCGAACUGGACAUGGAGAAACUCAACCAGCUGGCAGCGGAGGCUUCCGAGAGCUCUCAGUGCCUUACAAAUCCUGGUGGCUCUGCCCUCAACACUGCCCGCAUCCUGAAGCAGCUGGGCACAGACGCCCUCUUCUUUGGCGCUGUAGGAGCCGACAAGCACGCCGAGGAACUGCGCCAGAUCAUCAGGGAUCGCGGCAUCGAGGCCAGGUUGCAGACCGUUGAGGAUGCGCACACGGGGCAGUGCGUGUGCCUCAUGUAUCAGGAUAACCCCACGCUCUACGCGAACAUCGGCGCUUCGGCUCAGUUCCAGGUGCAGACACUGAGCCACGCUGUCAGUCACGAGGGUCAGAGCUUCCUGCGACCCGUGGAGCGGAAACAAAUCCUGUACGUGGAGGGCUUCUUUGUGCCCCAGAGGAGUGAUGUGUGCGACUACAUAGUGCAGCAUCUGGUGCGGGAGCGGAGACGACUGGCCCUUAAUCUCAGUGCCCCAUACAUCGUGAGGAAAAAUCACCGAGCUAUGAUGCAACUGGCCCGGGCCGCAUUCUUCCUGUUCGGAAACCGUCAGGAGUUCGAGGCGCUGGCCGAGGCUGCGGGAGGGUUCCGAAACGUCGAUGAACUGGCGGAUCAUCUCCUGCAGUUCGGUGGCACCAAGGUCAUCUUCGUCACUAACGGCAGUGCCGGCGUACAAGUAAUCACCAACUACGUGGAAGAGCUGGCUCCUCCGGGACCCGUCAGCUUUGAGGACUACAGGGCGCAGCGCGUAGAUCAGCUGGUGGAUGCCACAGGUGCCGGCGAUGCCUUUGUGGCCGGAUUUCUGCACGCCUGGCUGGAGAAGCGCUCGCUGGGCGAGUGCAUCCGAAUGGCCUCCAGUGUGGCCGCCAAGGUCGUCACCCAGGUGGGCUGCAAUUUGCCCUAGACCGACGGCAUGCAUCGUCAACUCAGAUAGCGCACAACAAAGCACCAAAGUAGACUUUUAGCUCGUAAUUAUUCCGGUAAUCUCCCAAACUUUAGGCUUAGUCAAACACUUAUCUACUACUUCACACAAGCAAUGAACUUAGUCGUAAUGUGACUUAAUAAAAACAAGAGAGAACGCUA